AUGAUUAUUCCAAUUCGCUGUUUUACUUGUGGGAAGGUAAUCGGUAACAAGUGGGAGGCUUACCUUGUCAGUCACCCAUUUACAGGUGAUGCUCUGGAUGCAUUAAAUCUUCGCCGUUAUUGCUGCCGACGUAUACUACUCUCGCACGUGGAUAUGAUUGAGAAACUUCUGAACUACCAUCCUCUGGAAAAGUGA